AUGUCUGGCCCAGCUUUAUCACCAGGCUCGGUGAUUGAGCUGCCCGAUGGAAGGCGAGCAACUGUGCGGUUCGUUGGCAUCACCCACUUCGCGGACGGAGAGUGGAUAGGCCUUGAAUUAGAUGAGCCCACCGGCAAAAACGAUGGUUCAGUUCAAGGUGAACGAUACUUUGAUUGUGAGCCAGGAUAUGGCAUGUUUGUCCGCCCAACAGUAGUUGGUAAGCUUAUCCAAGCUGAGCCGCAGAGUAAACAAACCACCAAACCGGCUACCAGUGCUGCAGGCAGCAAAGUGCAGGCUAAACCUGGGAUCUCCCCCGGUAUACGGAAGCAAACGGGUCUUGCCCCUACAGCAGUAAGACGACAGAGUACCAAUGCAGGCUCGACUCCUGCUCCGGGGCCGAGAGGUGCGGCCGCUCGCGCGUCAAUCCGAUCACCCACAAAGUCCCCAACGAAACAGCUUACAACGAUUGCCAGUCAUACUUCCCGCACCUCCGCAGUGGCCUCUAACCGACCUCGAAUAGCAUCUAACGCUAGAGGCUCUCUGGGUCCUUCUGCAACACAACCAGCAGCCUCUAGAGGCUCACGACCCUCGGUUUCCGGUCCGGCAACUCGAACAUCAAGACCAGGCUCCCAAAGCACUGUGACUUCAUCAACCACGGGGUUGACAAAGCGUUCUUCAUUACGGCAGGGAAGCAGUCCAAAAGCAUCAGAUGGAGGAGAAGCAGGCAUCAGCGGGCGGUCGGGAGAUCCAACCGAACCUGAAUCGCCUGACACUGAAGGAGAUGGCGUACAAGAUGGAACCCCUCCGCCGAAGGUGUCCCGACAGUCGAUGACUGCUACACGCCCAGUGGUCUCGCGUCCUGGUGCUCCUCUUUCUGCAUCCCAGCGCCAAGCUCAAAGCGGAGCAGUCCAACGUGAACUUGAAGAGCUUAAUGCCAAGCUCAAAAUCAUGGAGAAAAAACGCGCUGAUGACAAGGAGAAGCUCAAGAUUCUUGAGCAAAUUCAGACCGAACGUGACAAGUUUGAGACAAUAAUUCAGAAACUUCAAGCCAAGUACCAACCGCAGCAAAUGGAAGUCACCGAGCUGCGCAAAAAGCUCAAAGAAAUUGAGAUUCGUUCGGAUGACUUGGAGCGCAUGCAGGCAGAGCAUGACUCACUCAUGGAGAUGGCUACUCUGGACCGUGAAAUGGCAGAGGAGACAGCUGAGGCGUUCAAACAUGAGUGUGCAGCUCUACGAUCGAGAUUAGAUGAGGUCAAUCUGGAGGUAGAGGUUCUCCGAGCGGAGAAUGAGGAAUACAACAAUGAAACCACACCCGAAGACCGAACCAGUCACGGAUGGCUCCAGAUGGAAAAGACCAACGAACGUCUCCGAGAUGCUCUCAUUCGUUUGCGAGAUAUGACACAGCAGCAAGAGUUAGACCUUAAGGCUCAAAUUAAAGAGUUGGAAGACGAUCUCGAGGAAUACGCUACCAUCAAAUCCGAUUACGAGGCGGCAAAGGAGAGAAUCUUGGUCGCUGAGACCAAUGUGGAUGAUCUUAAGCAGCAGCUCGAAACAGCGCUGGGCGCCGAAGAAAUGAUUGAAGAACUGGCAGACAAAAAUAUGCGCUACCAGGACGAGAUCAAUGAGCUCAAAGCUGCCAUUGAGGAUUUGGAAUCUCUCAAGGAGAUCAGCGACGAGAUGGAGUACACACAUAUCGAAACCGAGAAGCAGCUUCAAGAAGAGCUAGAAUACCGGGAGGGUGUCUCCAACGACCAAUGCCGCAAAAUUAUACAACAAGACGAAGUCAUCGAAGACUUGGAAUAUACAUUGACUCGUUUCCGAGACUUGGUGACAACUCUGCAAGGUGACUUGGAUGACAUGCGCACAAACAAGCAAGUCUCGGAGGCCGAGACCACAGAAACUGCAAUGCGUCAUCGCCAAAUGCAGGAUUUAACUAUGAAACUACAGGCCAAUCAAUCGAAGGCUCUGACCAAAUCCAUUGAUCUCGAACUAAAUCGUAUGGAGUCCGAGCAAAAUGCACAGCACCUUUCGAUUGUCAAACUCUAUCUUCCAGAGUAUUUUGAAGGCGAAAAGAAUUCUGUCCAGGCCUUGCUUAGAUUCAAACGUGUUGGGUUCAAAGCCAAUGUCAUGAGCAGCACUCUUCAAGAAAAGGGAUCUGAACACUCAGUGGUCUCCAAUGAAGAACUUUUCCAGGCCCAUGCGGUUUUGGAAUAUCUUAUGUGGAUCUCAAAUGUGUGUGAUCGGUUUGUGAGCUACAUCACAGCCUGCUCACCUGAGCAAUUUGGAAACAUCAAGGUUGCAAUGUUCGAAAUGGAACCAGUCGAGCGCACUUUGAACUUCUGGAUCGAGCCUUUGAAAAAAGACGAAGUAAAUCUUGCAAAACUUGCUGUGGAAUUGCAGCGGUCGAUCGCUCUCCUUGCGCACCUUUCCGAGACCAUUCUUCCCUCCAGCCUAGAAAUGUUUGCUGAUGAGCUGUGUAUGCGCGGCCAUCUAUCCCAAUCUUACAUUGAGCAUGCAGCUGGUGCAAUCUCGCGGGUUAAGGUCAUCAUUAGCUCCAAAAUGGGUCCUGCCGAAGAAGGCGACGAGGAGAACAUGAUUGCUCUCAAUAAAUUAGAUGCCUUCGCCCCUCAGGCCCGAGGGUAUAAGGUGGCGAUGGGUAAAAUCAGCCGGUCUCUUGACGAUCUACGUUCAAGGUCACUUGCACUUCCAAAGGAUGCUGACGAGCCUUUCAAAAAGAUCGAGAAUGAAACCAAACAACUUUCAGAAUUUGCUCGAAAACUCGGAGAGAACUUAGUGGUCCUCACGAGCGACGAAGGUCGUACGAAACCAUUCAAGUCAGAAGAGAUUCUGAACUGUAUGUCCCAAGUCUCUGCAUCUUUCAUCUCAUCUGGCGAAACUUUGGAUGAGAACAACGACCCUAUCUCACUGCUCUUUACGAAGUUGCGAGAAAUUGGUGAUCAGUUUGAGGAGCUUGACUCCAUAUCCUCAGACUUCUCCCGCACAACAGAGUUUGAAAAAGGUGCAUUUCCCUGGAUUGCCCGUGCUGCGGAGUUGAAGUCAAACAAAAUGACAUCCCCUGAUGCGGAUGAAGAGAUUCGCCAAUUGCGAAAUGAGAUCCACGAGGCAUCAGCCGCGCUUGGAGUGAAGGACAAUACCCUUGACGAGCAAGGUUUGAAGAUUGAGCACCUUGAAUCGAGGAUGCGAGAGGCAAGCAAAAAGGCUGCCAUGGUCAAGGAACUCGAAGCCAAAAUUGAGGAGAUCCAGGCAGCAGGGACUGAGCUGGAGAAAACAGUUGAGCAACAAAAGAAGGAGCUACAGGUAGCCGAAGCUGAGCGAGACGAGUUCAUGGCUCGUCUUGAGCGAAUGAAACGCUUGUCCGGAAGCGCAGGCCUGGCGACCACAGGCAACGGUGCUGUCAUCGCCAGUGAGGCUUCUUUGGCUGCCUUGGACGAGAACGAAUCCCUCCGCGCUGAGGUUCAAAGCCUUCAAGCAGCCGUGCGUUUCCUACGUGAAGAGAACCGUCGUUCGAAUAUUCUCGAUCCAUACUCUGUACAGCGAUCUACUGAAAUGCACGCUUGGCUUGAUGCGCCACUCACGAGGGCUAAGCCAACGCCCGAUCAAGAGAAAAUCCAACGCACUGCUCUCGAAAGUCGCGACGUCAUGACGCAUCUCCUCAAAUUGACCAAAGAUUCCCGAGUAGCCGAUCUCAAGUCCACAAUGGCUAUCUCAGCCAACGGGGACAACGAUAGUGUCGGCCGGACUGCUUGGCGCCCAUCCAAGACCCGCCUCCGCUACCAGGUGCUACAACAGCGCGAAAACUUCGAGCACUGGGCCGAAUGGCGCGAUGAAAUCGUCAACCAUGAACGCGAACAGGACCGCCUGGUUGCCGCUAAACAGGAACGCGCAAUGCGUGAUCGAGUCUCUAGACAUGCCCAUAAAGCUUCGGUCGAAUUUCCUCAGGGCUUGGGUCAUGGCAUGAUGGGUCGCGCGUGGCAGAUUCUGGGGAUGCAGAAAAACCGCAAAACUGGCUCCACAAAUACACCCACUCUGGACGAUGUGGAGAUAGUAAACACGGAUUGA